AUGAUAGACUUGGAUAACAAUAAUUUGAAUGGAAUUAUUCCAAGCUCUAUUGGCUUUUUAAGAAAUUUAGAAUCAUUGCAUCUUCGCAAUAAUAGCCUUGUUGGAGAAGUACCAGAAUCUCUUAAGAAUUGUUUGGCUUUAUCUGGACUUGAUCUUGGUCUUAAUAAGUUGGUGGGAACUAUACCAAGAUGGAUCGGAAGUCUUCCAAGCUUGGGCCUUCUUGUUCUCCGUUCAAACAACUUGACAGGUCUUAUUCCAGCCGAGUUGUGUAAGCUUCUCAUACUUCAAAUAUUGGAUACUGGAAAUAACAAUUUGAUGGGGAAAAUACCAAGAUGUUUCAAAAAUUUAACUUCAUUUUACUUUAGUGUUGAUACUCAAGAGGCUAGAGAGAAUGUGAAUCUUGUUGUUAAAGGAAGGGAAGGACAAUACAACACCAUCUUAUUUCUCGUGCGUGUCUUAGAUUUCUCAAGGAACCAAUUAUCAGGUGAAAUCCCAGAAGAACUUACAAGUCUUCAAGGAUUACAAUCGUUGAAUUUGUCAAGAAACUAUUUGAGUGGGAACAUUCCAAUAGAAAUUGAUAAUAUGAUAUGGUUGGAAUCUCUUGAUCUCUCAAGGAACCAUUUGUUCGGUCACAUUCCUAAAAGUUUGUCAAGUUUAUCAUUCUUGAGUCACUUGAACUUGUCAUACAACAACUUGUCGGGACAAAUUCCAAUAGGCACGCAAUUGCAAAGCAUGGAUGCUUCUAGCUUUAUUGGCAACAAAUUGUGUGGACCACCGCUCAAAAAGUGUAUUGAAGAUCAUGACACAACGCAUUCAAAUGGAAGUAAGGAAGAUGGUGAAUAUUGGUUCCGAUUGGGCAUAGGAAUGGGGUUUGGAGUGAGCUUUCUUGGUGUUAUUGUUACGUUAGUGGGAGACACCAACUCCAACUCCACACUCUGCAUUGAAACAGAAAAGCAAGCUCUUUUGAGUUUCAAGAAGUAUUUGGUUGAUGAUGAUAACAAAUUGGUGUCGUGGAAUGUUUCUGAAGAAGAAGAUUGCUGCAAAUGGGCUGGAAUUUCUUGCAACGUUCUUACUGGCCACGUCUCAAAGCUUUCCCUUAAGGAUGGUUCUUUUACAGGCAAGAUCAAUCCCUCCUUACUUAAUCUCACACAUCUAGUUAACUUAGACUUGAGCUUAAACAAUUUUGGAGGGAUUCCAAUUCCGAGUUUUGUGGGUUCUCUUGUGAGUUUAAGAUAUCUUAACCUCACAGAUGGAGGAUUUAGCGGAAUGAUUCCCCACCAUCUUGGAAAUCUCUCAAGUUUGCUCUAUCUUGGGCUUGGAGAUAAUUAUGACUUAUAUGUUGACAACCUUCAUUGGAUCUCUAGUCUUUCUUCGUUGGAAUCUCUAGACUUAUCUAGUGUUAAUCUUAGUAAAGCAUCUGAUCAUUGGCUUUUAGCAAUAAAUAUGAUCCCUUCCUUGCAAGAAUUACACUUGUUCUAUUGUUAUCUCACUCAUAUUCAUUUUCCAUCAUCUCACAUAAAUCUUACAUCCCUUGAAACACUUGACUUGAGUUACAACUUUCUUGAGCUUGGAGGUUCAAUUCCUUGUACCUUUCGAAAUAACAUGAGCCUUUUAAAAUAUCUUGAUUUGUCUCGCAAUAAUAUAGACUCUGUUAUUCCUAAAUGCUUUUUUAGUUUUCCCAACCUUGAACACCUCCACCUUUCUAAUACCAAACUGCAGGGCAUUAUCUCAACUGACAUAGCAAAUUUGAGCUCUUCUAUUGUCAGUUUGGACUUGUCAAUUAAUGCUCUAUCAGGAAAAAUACCAACAUCCAUGGGAAAACUUUGUAAAUUGGAAGAAUUUAAUUUGGCACUCAAUAGAUACAAAGGUAGUGUUUCAAUGAUAUUUCAAAGCUUGUCAGGUUGUCUUGCAAAAAAUAUGAAGUCGUUGAAUUUCUUUGAUUCCUUUGAUGGUCAAAUAGUGGAUAAAAUAAAAGAGUUUGAGAAUUUAGGUGAUUUUUUUCUUCAUUCUAAUAGAUUUUCAGGGCCCAUUCCAAAUCUAAUAUUUACAAACUUAAAAUCAUUGAAGUCAUUAAGUCUUUUUUCUAACCGUUUCAGUGGACCUCUUCCAGAAAGCUUGGCCUCUCUCUCAAAGUUAGAAUCCCUCGAUAUUUCAGAUAACCAUUUAAGUGGUCCUCUACCAAAAAGUCUUGGGUCUCUCUCACAAUUACAAACACUAACAAUUUCCAAUAACCAUUUCAGUGGUCUUCUACCAGAAAGUCUUGGGUCUCUCACUCAGCUAGAAUCCCUCCGUAUUUCAGAUAACCAUUUAAAUGGUCCUCUACCAAAAAGUCUUUGGUCUCUCUCAAAUUUAGAAUAUCUUUCUAUCGCAUCAAAUUGUUUCGAAGGUUAUGUGCAUGAAGUUCAUUUUUGA